AUGACAGCCUCCAAUAUUACCACAACCCAUCCAACUUCCUUCCUGCUGGUAGGAAUUCCAGGUUUGGAACACCUGCAUGUCUGGAUCUCUAUUCCAUUCUCCUUCGCCUAUACUCUGGCCCUGCUAGGCAACUGCACCCUCCUCUUCAUCAUCCAGACCGAUGCAGCCCUCCAUGAGCCCAUGUACCUCUUUCUGGCCAUGCUGGCAGUCAUUGAUCUGGUUCUCUCUUCUACAACACUUCCCAAAAUGCUAGCUAUUUUUUGGUUCAGAGAUCAGGAGAUCAACUUCUAUGCCUGUCUGGUCCAGAUGUUCUUUCUCCACUCUGUGGUCAUCUCCUCAGUCAUGCACCGUGUGGCUCGCCAGGCUGCCCCUCAUGUCCACAUACUCCUUGCUAUUUUCUAUCUUCUUUUUCCACCCAUGAUCAACCCCAUCAUUUAUGGCAUCAAGACCAAACAGAUUCGUGAUCAUGUGCUCAGUCUAUUUCAAAGAAAGAAUGUGUAG